UCGAAAAUAAGCUCGUUCGGGGUAGCAAACGACAUUUUUUGGGACGAAGACGAGACCAAACCACCUUCAGCAGUCUUGGGCUUGCAAGAUCUCAAAAAGUUAUGCAGAAUAAAAAAAAAUCACGACGAUCGGAUACCCGAACACAAAGAUAUGUUCGUUUGAAGUUUUCACCUAGGUUAGGAUUUAAAAAAAAAAAACACAGACCGCAUGGUGGGGGUGCGGUUUGCAAAACCACCCCCUACUAGUGCGGUUUUCAUCGAAGAACGCGCCCCCGAGUGGCGGUUGCCUAAACCGCUGGUACGGGUGGCGAUUUUUAGAAAAUGGUGUUAUUUUUGGAAUUUUUCGCAGUUGGGUGGUAUUUUUGGAAACAAAAAUUUUAACAAUACUAUUUGUGAAAAAAUCCCCUUACUCAACCAAGUUCACAAGAAAGUGGAUUGAAAUUUGACAGUGACAACUGAAAAGAAUAACUCCAUUAAAUCCACCACCACAUGAUGACAGUAGAAUAAUAUUAGAAACAUCGUUCCAAGUCCUCUCACUCAUUAACACCAUAGCUUGCUUUGCUUGUGCCGGCCACGCAGCCCCUUCACCCACUAAGUAAAGCUUUCAGUGAAGAAGAGAAAACAGGCCACCGGAGAAGAAAGAUGACGUGGGGUUACUAUUUCCAAAGAGAUGUGCUGCCGUUUCUGGCCAUGGUCAGCUUAAACAUCAUCAGUGUUGGGAUCAGCACGCUCUUCAAAGCUGCAACCAUGGAGGGUAUGAGCAACAAUGUCUUCGUCGCCUAUGACUAUGCCAUCGCUUCUCUUAUUCUUCUCCCAGCUCCUUUCCUCUCCAAAAGAUCAAGUGUUCUUCCUCCUUUGAGCUCCUCAAUUAUGUGCAAAAUUGGUCUCCUCGGGCUCAUAGGGAGUUCAGCUCAGAUCAUAUUGUACACUGGAAUCAACUACAGCUCUCCAACUCUUGCAUCCGCCAUUGGCAAUCUCAGUCCAGCAUUUACUUUCUUGUUUGCCGUCAUUUGCAGGAUGGAAAGAGUUGUGAUCAGCAGAUCAUCCAGCCAGGCCAAAAUCCUAGGCACAAUAGUGGCAAUAGUAGGUGCAUUUGUGGUGACCUUCUAUAAGGGUCCCCCGAUUUUCCCGCCGGAACCCACAUCACCAAUCCAAUUGAAUUAUCAAUCAUCCCUUCUUCAGUCACCACCACCACCAACAGCACACGAACAUUGGGUACUUGGUGGGAUGUGUCUCACUCUGAAGUAUAUACUUACCCCUUUGUGGUACAUUGUACUGACACAGAUAAUGAAGGAGUACCCUGCAGAAUUCACAGUGAUCUUCCUCUACAACGUGAUUGUCUGCAUCAUAACAUCAGUUUUUGCUCUGAUCACUGAAGGAACAUCAUCAAGUGCCUGGAUUUUCAGCAGUAGCACAGCAAUAGCAUCGGUUUUCUGCUCGGGAGUGCUUGGAUCGUCCGUGAGCAAUGGUGUGGAGGCAUGGGUGUUGAAGCUCAAGGGGCCAGUAUUUGUGUCGUCGUUCAAACCAUUCGCGAUGAUUGUAGCUGUUGCCAUGGGAGUAACGCUUCUGGGUGAUAUUCUGCAUCUAGGAAGUCUGAUUGGAGCAAUAACCAUUGCAAUUGGGUUCUACAUGCUGAUGUGGGGAAAGGCCAAAGAGGAAGAUGAUGACACCAUCCCACAACAGAACAGUCACCAUGUUAGUAGUACCCUCGAACCUCACUCCAACGAGAAGGUACCUUUACUGCAAAAGCUGAACUAGUAGGGAAUCACCAAUCAAGGUGGUGUAGUUGAACACAGCAGCAGAAGCUGCUGAUUUGGUUCGGACCCAAGAGUAAGUGCAGGAUGGUAUUUAAUAGCCUAGUAUGAUCUGUAAAUAUAGACGUUGGGUGCUUGUUCAAUGAAAGGCAAUUUGUAAAGAAGAAAGCCAAUAAUUGAAAUUUGGAAGGCCAUCAAGUGGAACUCUUAGCUCUGUUCCAGAAGGGUGGCGGAGAGAAAGAACUGAUCUCGCUGGUGUAAGUGCGAAAUGCUUUGCCGUUGCCGGAGCGGAAUAGUUCGUUUCGAACUGGAAGAAAGAAGGAAUGCUAGAGGGGCAGAAGUAGAGCCUUGCCGGCUGCUGAAUGGGCCGGGUAGUGCAAAUCGUGGUUUGCAUUUUUGGGCUGGAUAUGUUCCCUGUUGGACAUAGUUAUGGCCUGCUAGUUAGGCAUGAUCACCUAUGGGCUAUGGUCCAUUAUUAUUAACUUUUCUUUGGGUUAUGUAUUGUUUGAUUUGGUUUUGGUGAUUGUUUGGUUGUGAUAGUAUUAUUUUUUUAAGUUUAUGUACAAACAAAAAACAAUACAUGCAUUGUUUGCUUGAUGUGAUGGAAACUAUCACUCAAAAUGAGUGAUAGUAUUAUGACUAUCUCUACUAAAACAUGAGAUUGUUG